AUGCGUCCCGAGAUGCUGGGGGAGGGCAUGGUAGGGCCUUCACUACUCAGUUGCCUCGGCCAAACUGCCUUUCGCUAAAGUGCUCAAGCAGGGGAUGGAGGAGAAGCAUCGAGGGGGGCACACGUGCAGGCAGCACACGUGCAGGCCGGAGCAUAAAAGGCUGCUCAGCUCUCCCGAGACAGGACGGCAGCUGUUGCCCUCAUCCAAGAUGGCGGCGGAGGCGUCAAGAGCCUCCUGCCCUUUUCCAUGAUGGCGGCGACCGGACCCGCCUCCCCGGGCGCCGGAGUCUUGUGACCCACACAAUGGCUGAGAGCCUACUCCAGGCUUCCCGGCAACGCCAAGUAAAAGCCAUGACGGCCGCCGCGGGUUCGGCGAGCCGGGCCGCCCUGCCCCUGCUGCUGUGCGCUCUCCUGGCGUUCGGCGGCGCGUACGUGCUCGACGACUCCGACGGGCUGGGCCGGGAGUUCGAUGGCAUCGGCGCGAUCAGCGGCGGCGGGGCAACCUCCCGGCUUCUAAUAAACUACCCAGAGCCCUAUCGUUCUCAAAUAUUGGAUUAUCUCUUUAAGCCAAACUUCGGUGCCUCUUUGCAUAUUCUAAAAGUCGAAAUAGGUGGUGAUGGGCAGACAACAGAUGGCACUGAGCCCUCCCACAUGCACUACGCAUUAGAUGAGAAUUACUUCCGAGGAUACGAGUGGUGGUUAAUGAAGGAGGCUAAGAAGCGGAACUCUAAUAUCACACUCAUGGGGUUGCCUUGGUCAUUCCCUGGAUGGCUGGGGAAACGUUUCGACUGGCCUUACGUAAACCGUCAUCUGACUGCCUACUAUAUCGUGUCCUGGAUUGUGGGCGCCAAGCGUUAUCAUGACUUGGAUAUUGAUUAUAUUGGGAUUUGGAAUGAGAGGUCAUUUGACAUCAAUUAUAUCAAGGUUUUAAGAAGAAUGUUGAAUUAUCAAGGUCUUGAGCGAGUGAAAAUCAUAGCGAGUGACAACCUCUGGGAGCCCAUUUCUGCUUCUAUGCUGCUCGACGCGGAGCUCAUGGAAGUGAUUGAUGUUAUAGGAGCUCAUUAUCCUGGGACCCACACGGUCAAGGAUGCACAGUUGACUAAGAAGAAGCUCUGGUCUUCUGAAGAUUUUAGCACUUUGAACAAUGCCAUGGGUGCCGGCUGCUGGGGUCGCAUAUUGAAUCAGAAUUAUGUCAACGGCUACAUGACUUCAACAAUCGCUUGGAAUGUGGUGGCCAGUUACUAUGAGCAGUUGCCCUAUGGGCGCAGUGGGCUGAUGACUGCCCAGGAGCCCUGGAGUGGGCACUACGUGGUGGAAGCUCCUAUCUGGAUAUCAGCUCAUACUACCCAGUUUACUCGACCAGGUUGGUAUUACCUGAAGACAGUUGGCCAUUUAGAGAAAGGAGGAAGCUAUGUAGCUCUGACUGAUGGCUUAGGUAACCUCACCAUCAUCAUUGAAACAAUGAGCCAUAAACAUUCUAAGUGUAUACGGCCACUGCUUCCUUAUUUCAACGUAUCACACCAAAUUGCUACCUUCGUUCUUCAGGGUUCUUUUAGUGAAAUACUGGAGCUGCAAGUGUGGUACACCAAGCUUGGGAAGUCAUCGGAGAGCUUUCUCUUUAAACAGCUGGAUUCUCUAUGGCUCCUUGACAGCAGCGGCAGCUUCACAGUGGAGCUGCAGGAGGAUGAGCUGUUCACACUCACCACUCUCACCACCGGCAGCAAAGGCAGCUACCCGCCGCCUCCCAAGUCCCAGCCCUUCCCACCCAUCUACACGGAUGACUUCAACGUCGAAUACCCGUUUUUUAGUGAAGCCCCGAAUUUUGCUGACCAGACGGGCGUGUUUGAAUACUUUAUGAAUACGGAAGACCCGGGAGAGCACCGCUUCACGCUGCGCCAAGUUCUCAAUCAGCGACCCAUUACGUGGGCUGCGGAUGCGGCCAGCACCAUCAGCAUUAUCGGGGAUUACAAGUGGUCCAACAUGACCAUCACGUGUGAUGUUUACAUAGAGACCCCUGGGAAGGGAGGUGUGUUCAUUGCCGGAAGAGUGAAUAAAGGUGGCAUCUUGAUUAGAAGUGCCAGAGGGAUUUUCUUCUGGAUUUUCGCAAAUGGCACCUACAGAGUUACAGGUGAUCUGGCUGGAUGGCUCAUAUAUGCUGUAGGGCAAGCUGAGGUUACAGCACAAGAAUGGUAUACACUCACUUUAACUAUUAAGGGUCAUCUCUCGGCCGGCAUGUUGAAUGGCAAGCUCCUGUGGUCAGAGGUCCCAGUGAAUUUCCCCAAGAAUGGCUGGGCUGCGAUUGGAACUCACUCCUUUGAUUUUGCACAGUUUGACAACUUUCACGUGGAUGCCACACCCUAAUAUUCACAGAGCACCGUAGAACACACUUUGGAUUUUUUUUUCUUUCUUUUUGGUUUGGUUCAGAGCCAAUUCUUUUUUUUUUUGAUGGAUUGAUAUAUAAGCCUUUGGAGGCUAAAAAUAAUGAAGAGUAAAUGAAGAAGAAAUAUGUUUUUAUUUGAUCAUGUGGAAGAUUUUUUUUUUUUUUUUUUUAGAACUAGUUCCAAGGGGAAAAACAGGUGAAUCUUUAACAUCACCCGGUGUGUAUCCUACUCUUCAGAUGGUACAUUGGUUCACCCCUAGGAGCGCUUUGGGUGGUCCAGACCUUGACACUUGGUGUUAAUGUUGAGACCGCCCUCGUCACCUUAUUUGGAAGUGAUCAUGCAGGUGAUAAUAACUUGAUUAUCUCAGAAAUGUAUUUAUUAAUGCCGAUGUGUGUCUAAGUGAGCUGAUGUCUUUGUCUUAAACUAAAGAACUCUAGAAAUGCUGCUUUUUGAAGACCACUUCAAUGUGUUAUUCUAAAAAGUACUUUUUAUUUUCAUUUUUUAUGAUGAUGGUUUUAAAUUAUAGAUACGAUGAAUGGAAUGAUUUGAAAAUUGUCUCAUUAAUAAACUACCUCUAAAGCCAUUUCUGCAAUAAUAAAUAAUAGUAGAUUAAUUGGGUUAUCUGCAUUUUAAAAAAUUCUUUCAGAUCCACUUUCAGUCAUAUAACCUUAUAACUCUCGGUUAUAACAUUUCUCCAGAUGGCUGGAAGGAGGAAGAAAAUACCCUAUAGCCAAUGCUGUAAGUGGGUCUAAAGAUGAAAUUGAAGCAAAUUUCCUUAUCUCAUAUCAUGUGCUUUUCCUGGUCUGUCUUCUCAUGUGUCUCUGGGAAGAGAUUAAAGGUCAAUGAAUGAAUUUUUUUUUUUCUAUGCAGAAAAGGGGGACACUUAGCUAGUUGCUAAUUUAUAGAAUUGGAUCUAAUAUUUUGUGUGGUUAGAUGCAUUUAUAUCAUUAAACUACCAAUACAUUUAUAUUUAAGUAUGGGUGAGCAUAUUUGUCAUGCAGUAUAGUUUAUAUUUAAGAAUUAGUGUACGUCCUAGAAACAACUUAGUCAUUCAUGUGGAUAAAGUAAAUUCUGGAAUUCUUUUGAAAGUUUAAAGCUUCAAUGAACUGAUUCUUCAAUUUUGAAAUUUAUAAUCAUUUCAUAUAGGCUAAACUGACAUGAAAUUUUGUAUUACUAUUAAACUCAAGAAACGAAAUAUUAGAAUAAAUCAGAUUACAGAGACAAAAUUUAAAUUUAAACCAUGUCUAAGUGAUUUCCAGUUCAGUUCCUACAUAUUUUUUUAAAAAUUAACUUUACUAAAAUAUAACUUACAUACAAUAAAAUGUUCUUAAUUUUAA